CACAGGAGGAGCCAUCAAGCGAAAGACACAUCUCUAACUCACUGCUCAGUCUACUUUUUAAACAAGGAACCAUGGCGAAACGUGUAGCAGUGGUGCUCUCAGGAUGUGGAGUGUAUGAUGGGACAGAGGUCCAUGAGGCCUCGGCUGUGCUUGUGCACCUGAGCCGGGCUGGGGCCAAGGUUCAGAUGUUUGCCCCGAACGUGGAACAGAUGCAUGUGGUGAACCACAUAGAAGGCAAGCCCACGACAGAGAAGCGCAACGUGCUGCAGGAGAGCGCCCGUAUCGCUCGCGGCGAUGUCACCGACCUGAAGAAGCUGGAUGUGGCAGGCCAGGACGCUCUGAUCAUUCCUGGGGGCUUUGGAGUGGCUAAGAACCUCUGUAGCUGGGCCACACAAGGGAAGGACUGCACAGUCCAGCCCGAGGUGGAGCAGGCCAUCAAGAGCUUCCACAAGGUGGGCAAGCCCCUUGGCUUGUGCUGCAUUUCACCUGUCCUCGCCGCCAAGAUCCUGCCAGGCUGUGAGAUCACCGUGGGCCAUGACAAGGAGUGUGACAAGUGGCCCUAUGCUCAGACUGCUUGCACUAUGAAGGAGAUGGGCUGCAAGCACGUGAAUAAGAAUGUUGGGGAGGUGCACGUCGAUGUCAAGAAUAAGCUAGUGACCACCGGCGCUUUCAUGUGCAAUGCCCCAAUUCACGAGAUAUUUGAUGGAGUGGGUGUCAUGGUAACCGAGGUACUCAAACUGGCCUAGAAACAGUGGGGCUAGAGAAGUGGGGAAACAAAUUGAAUGUUUUAUCAAUUUAUUUAUCUCUCAUCAACACCCUCCAUUGAAUUCCACAUUUCUCUGAAUUGAGACCAAGCUAUUGUUUCUCCAGUGUGAGCAGUUUAUUAUACCAUAAUCAAUCAUUAUCCACACUGACUGAAGAAGAAGAAAAAAAACACUGCAAUGUGUC